AUGUCCGACAAGGUCGCAUACCGCGUGCCAGUGCCAGUGGUCACCUCACUGCGAUGCUACGUGUGCAAUUCGGACGAAAACUCGGAAUGUCUUGAGCCGCCACAUAGUUUCACCGAGGAGGAGUACCGGGACAACCGAACUAUUCCCGGACGGUUACUGCAGGAGUGCCCAGCGAAGGACGAACAGGGACGUGAGCCCCACUGUAGGGUUCAGUAUCUUCAAGUACUCGGUGGUAGCGUACCGGACUCUUUUCGCCUGUGGCGCGAGUGUGGCUACGAACCGCAGCCGACUCCCUGCUACAAGUUCAGCAACGGUGGCCACAAGGAGCGCGUCUGCAAAUGCGAAACCGACGGUUGCAACAAUGCCGCUCGUCCGCCGCCAACACUUGCGGAAAUACUGUUUAGCAACGACUGA